UUUAGUGCAGUCAAGUACGUAUGCGGCCAUGAAAAUAAUUUUAAUGCGGUUAGACGAGGUGUCGAUUCCAAAAUAUUGCAUGUAAUGAUGACUGUCUAAAUCCGGCCGAAAUUACGUAGAAUUGCUAUUUUGGGAACAGAAUUUGCUGGACAAGAUUUAGGGCGUCUUUGCCCGGGAUAAGUCACUAUGACGGUCGUGAUAAUUGAAGAGGAGAAGUAGCAUUUAUUACGCGACAGUGGUGGUUUGAGUUUCUGUGAAAGUCGUCAUGGCGGACGUAUUUAAAUCGAUUCCUGCAGCCGACCUUGGGCAAAAGGACUCGCUCAUGACAGCGAUUGAGUCCUUGGAUUUUCUUAAUGACCAGAUCGUCCAGUUCAUGUUCACGCCCAAAUCCUCGGAAUGCGACGUCAGCAGCCCGGUCAGCGAAUCGGUGCAGCUCCCUGCGAGGGACUCCCUCAAGGCUAAUCUUGCCUUGAUGCGAAGGCUGCUGAUAGACGCACAGAUGAAGUACAGACAGGUCGUCGAUGAGAACAGCAGACUAGCGACUUGUAAAGAGACUGACACGUCUGAACAGCUCCCUAACGUCGUAGUAACUCAACUGACUGAUACCAACAAGCGACUGGAUUACUUCAGUGCAGAAGGCGGUAGUGACCCUGAUAACGACAAAGGCAAUGCAGAAUGGGAGAAGCAACAGGAAGAGAGCGAGUUGCAGCGAUUGCGAGACAGAUGCAGUCACCUAGAGAGCGACAACAUGACCCUGAUGAAACAGCUGGAUGACCUGCGUGCCUUGGAUCACAGCCACGUCGAGAUACCCAGCGCUGGAGAGUUGAAGAUACAGCUCACGCAGACAGAACAUGAGCUGGCUAGAGCGAAGGAGGCCCUUACAGCAAUGAAGUCUGAUCGUAAACGUCUCAAGGGCGAGAAAGUGGAUCUGUUGAACCAGAUGAAGCAACUGUACUGCACCCUAGAGGCUAAGGAGGAAGAAAUGAGGGACUUCAUCCGUAACUACGAGCAGCGCGUCUCAGAGAGCGACGACAGCCUGAGGAAAGUCAUCGUGGAGAAGGAGGAAGUGGAGAAGGAUCGGUGGGAGAUCUUGAAGAGGGCGCGGGAAGCGGCGGAGAGAUCAGUGUCCUUGAGGGAGCAGCUCGACAAGAGAGAGAAAGAGAACGAGGGGUUGGAAGAGGAGAUAGACAAGUUGAAGCACCAGAUAACAGCUGAGAGACGUACAUGUACCUACCACCAUCCCCCUCACACACCGACAAUCACCCUGACCAGCACCCCUGUCACCACACCGGACAUGACAGACCACGGCUACCACCACAUGCACAAGCCAGUCUCUAAAGCCAACAGUCAGUUGUCUGCAUCGUUAUCGGACAAUGUCACCAAUUCCUCUGCAGGGCAGAAUGAGUUGAGGGCUCCCCAAGAUGUUUCAGACAUCACAUUAGGUGAAGGCACAAGCACAGAGCACCUACUCUCUACCACAUCAGACGGGAUGACGCACUCAAACGAAGAUCUCUCCUAUGAGGUCACCCUUCCGAGAGAGAAAAAGAAGAAGCCCAAGAAACAGUCCAAGAAGUUCAACUCACUCUCCAAGAUAUUUGGGAAGAAGAACAGAUCUGCUCUGGAGCAGCUAGUUUUUGAUGAUACUCAUAUUUCAAGCUCAAGAAACAGUUCCCCAUCGUUGGACAACACGUUGGAUGACAGAGAGAAACUUCGUCUUGCCGAGAAGUGUCGAAACACUAGCAUGACACAGUGGAAGGCCGACAUGGUAGUGUCGUGGUUAGAGAUCACCAUGUGCUUGCCGCAGUACAGCCAGAAUUGCCAGGAGAAUAUCAAGAGUGGGAAGGUGUUGCUUGGUUUAUCGGACGCUGAGCUAGAGUCGGGUAUGGGAGUGACCAAUGUCCUGCAUAGACGGAAAGUCAGACUUGCCAUUGAGGAACAACGACCUGGGGUCGAAAACAUAUACCCCAAGGCCGGUGACCUGGACCACCGAUGGGUGGCGCGGACCUGGCUAAACGACCUGGGCUUGGGUCAGUACUCGUUACAGUUUGAGUCCGAGAGGAUCGACGGAAGGGUUCUCAACAGUCUGACCAGGAAAGAUCUGGAGAAACAUCUCGGGAUCACCAGAAAAUUCCAUCAUGUCAGUUUGCUUCACGGCAUCGAGUUGUUAAGAAGAAUCCAGUUCGACAAAGGGGUGCUUGUUGAGAGGCGCACACAGUGUGAAGACAUGGAUUGUGACCUGGUAGUCUGGACCAGCCAAAGACUCAUCAGAUGGUCUCGCACUAUUGACCUCAAGGAGUAUGCAGACAAUCUUCUUGACAGUGGCGUGCAUGGUGCUCUGAUGGUGCUGGAACCCUCAUUUGAUUCGGAUGCAAUGGCUAAUGCCUUGGGGAUUCCUUCGAGUAAAACCAUCAUCAGACGACAUUUAACUACAGAGCUGAACUCCAUUCUUCUUCCCGCAAGAGCAACUCAAGAUGUAUUCAGUGGCGUUGUAGACACACGUUCGAGACGGAGCAGUGGUGGAGGUACACUGGGCAGGUCCUUCCAGAGAUCCUACACCAGUCCACAUGAUGACAAAGGCCGAUCGAAACCAACAUUCAGGGGAUCUUUGGGAAGAGCCUUAGGGAGGAAGCUGCGUCAGGAGAUCGGCUACUCGUCCAGCUUCAGCAGCGUCCCGGAGCAAGUCCGUGCCCGGUCACGCAGUCAAGAACUCGAGAGUACCAUGGUCUGAAAAGCGCACGUAUCAUACAGUAGAUUCAGCAUGCUAUUGUAUUCACAACAAGAUUAAAUUAGGUUUUUGCCCCACAACAAGAUUAUCCCGUCACAGGUACAUUUGUGUACCAUUUAUGUUGUAAAAGAAAGUUUGCAGUCACCACAUAUGACAAGAAAUCUCUUUAGUGAGUUUUUGUGGCCCUAAAAAUACCUUGGUCUAAACACUUUCUAUAAAUUUGGGGUCCUUUUUUUUCCCUGUGACAUGAUCUGACAUCUAUGAUAUUUAAUUUGAGGCACUUCUUUUAAUGCAGUCGUUCUUGUCGCCCUGCCUGUUACUCCCUGUACCACCCCAAAUUUCCCUGCCUGUUACUCCCUGUACUGCCCCAAAACCACCCUGUAUGUUAUUCCAGGUACCCCCCAAAACCGCCUGAGAACUAAAUGGG